CCAUCUGCAGCGCUGCUUCACUCUUCCUCCACCUUUAAUAUGAUUGAUCAGCGAAUGGAAAAGCAGAGGAGCAGGGCGAGCGCGGAGAGAUCUUCACCUUUUACAUUGAACCUGUCUUCCAUUUCUCUCCUGAUUGAAUUUAAACUCAAACGAGCUUGAUGUGAGCAAGGCAGGGGGGGAAACCAACCAAAAAAAAUCACUUCUUUUUCCCUUUUCUCACCCUCACAGUGCACUUCUCCACUACAUCACCUUUAAUUUUUGUUGUUGUUGUUGCUUUUUCUUUUUUUUCUUUAUUUUUAAUUUUCUGGUACCUCCUUGGAUACUUUGGCUUACAGCACGGCUUCACCUGGGCACGUCUUUUCCUGAAGUCUCACCAAACGACACCAAGAUUUUCUUCUGCCAACUUUAACGCACGUCAGGGCAAAAAACCCAGAAAAGAACAGAACAGAAAAGAAAAAUCCACCGACAGGGAAAAACAAAAAAAAAAGUCUGCUAUCGCGUUAAAGUUACACAAUGAGUCUCAAAUCAGAUUCUGAGCCGAACAACAAUGUAUCAUUAGAGGAGGAGGUACGCACACUUUUUGUCAGUGGUCUGCCGGUAGACAUCAAGCCGCGGGAGUUGUACCUGCUGUUCAGGCCGUUCAAGGGAUAUGAAGGCUCACUUAUAAAACUCACCUCGAAGCAGCCCGUUGGCUUUGUUACCUUUGACAGCAGGUCUGGAGCCGAAGCAGCGAAAAACGCAUUAAAUGGCAUUCGCUUUGACCCGGAGAACCCUCAGACACUGCGUCUGGAGUUUGCUAAGGCUAACACCAAGAUGGCAAAGAGUAAGCUGAUGGGCACGCCGAACCCUUCAAGCCUGCACCCAGCUCUCGGGGCUCACUUUAUUGCACGUGAUCCAUAUGAUCUGACUGGUGCAGCACUGAUCCCAGCAUCCCCAGAGGCAUGGACACCGUAUCCCCUCUACACCACUGAGCUGACCCCUGGCCUGCCGCACACAGCCUUCACCUACCCUGCAGCCGCUGCAGCCGCCGCUGCCCUGCACGCCCAGGUGAGGGAGCAACCGAUGCGCUGGUACCCCUCACCCUCUGACACAUCACAACCCGGAUGGAAAUCUCGCCAAUUCUGUUAAAAGUAGAAGAUACAUGCAGGUUCGUCCCUCCGUCCCUUCAUCCCUUCGUCUCUCAGUAACGUGUACUGGGAUCAACAUUUAAUUCAGUCAGAUAUAUUAACAACAAAAAGUGUAUGGAUCGAAAAAAUCGAUUCUGGAGAAUACUCUACUCUGAAGGACCCUGAACACAAAAAAACCCAGGAUGUCUACAGCUGAGGUCCCAUGGGCUAAUGGUACAGUCUCCACUAUUCAAAGCCACACCUGUGACGAGCCAAUCAUGUGCAGGUUGAAAUUUUUCUAGCUGCUCCGUUGGUUGUGUUUGGGGGGGGUAAAUCAUUAUGCAUGUUGAAGUAUAGUAUAUGGCAUGAAAUGUAGAAUGCGAAGUUGUCAGGUUUGUUUGUUUUUAUUCCCCCUCCUUGUGUUUCCUCCAUUUGGUCAGCAUUCUUGCUUCUGUGAAGAUCUUGUAUGAUGUUACUCGCAAGGUAGAGGUCUACAUCUUGUUACUAUCAAGUCUCCUUUGUUGUUUUGUGUGUUAAACUAAUUCCACAUGCACUGGGUUAAAUAUAUAUAUUUUUUCCUAUUCUUUAUGAUUGUGACUGUAAAAUUGUCCAUGAUGGACUAAUCCUUCCGAGACGCUUCUCCUCAAGACCUCAAAUCCAUCGUCCCUGCUCUGGUAUCUGUGCUUGUUAGAGUAUAUUUGAACAAAAAAAAAGUACAAGUAUUUUUGUACAUUUGUGUAAUAAUGAAUAUUUAUGCAUUUUUGUGAAAUUAAAUGAGUAUAUCUGUAUAAGAUGUUAAGUCUACCCUUGUUAUUUUGAUCUUUUUGUCUCAAUCUUGUUUUGAAGUAGAUAAGUGCAAUUUUUUUUUCCGUGUGUGUAAUACUGACCUACCCAGACUUGGCAGUACUAAAUUUAAUGAAUGAAAUGGUCUGCUAACAUGAGAUGUUUAAAAGUUAUAAUAAUAAAAAAAAAAAAAAACAAACAAAAAAAAAACAAAA